CAUCGUUGUGGACACAUUUGAGAUCACUCUACAUUGAAGUACUUUGUCCUCCUUUCCCCAAAACGACAUAUAAUAGAGAGGGGCCUGUAUGGCAGGUGUGUUGACAUAAACUCGCACUUUCUCCAGUUUUCUUAUAAACUGAAUUUAAAAUGCCUAGAUCUACACUGGGUUAUUGGAACGUAAGAGGGCUAGCUCAGCCAAUUAGAUUUUUACUACAUUAUGUUGAUGAAGACUUCACGGAUCAACUGUAUGUAAUCGGUCCCGCACCAGAAUACAGCCGGGAAGACUGGAAAAAAGUAGAGAACAAUCUAGGUUUAGAUUUUCCUAAUCUUCCCUACUAUAUUGAUGAUGAUGUAAGAAUAACUCAGAGUAAUACUAUAAUUAGAUAUCUGGGACAUAAAUAUAAUUUGUUGGGUUCAACCCUUAAAGAAAAGAUUACGUGUGAUAUGAUGGUAGAAACGGCCAUGGACUUCAGAAAUAUGUCAGUUUAUGUUUCAUACAAUCCAGACUAUGAAAAUUUAAAGGGAGACUACUUCUCUAACUAUCUUCCCACAACCCUGACUGGAUUCGAAAAAUAUCUUGGUGAUAAACCAUGGUUCGCUGGUGAAAAUAUCACGGUUUGUGAUUUUCCUUUCUAUGAAUUACUGGAUCAGAAUCGUGAAGUGGCGCCGACUUGUUUGGAUAAAUUUCCCAAAUUAAGAGCAUUUUUAAGUCGAUUUGAAUCUUUACCUAGGAAUAAACUUUUCAUGACAACACCUAUGUAUAUGAAGCAUCCAAUCCACAACCCUUAUGCCAAUUUUCUCUAAUGGUGAAUAGACUUUCAUGUAAAAUUUAUCAGGUACAACCAGUGGCGUGCAGAGGUUAGGGGUUACAGAGGGUCAACUCCUUGAUGACAUGCACCCGUCCCCCCCCCCAGGUCCUAAGAAAUCUGAGAAUUAAAGGAUGACAUUUAAUUUAAUAUGUCAAAACAGAUGAAAUAAACUCUUAUUCAAAUUAAUUUAACUUUAUGAUUAUUGUAGCAUUGCCCGUCGGUUGAAUAUGGAAAGCGGUGCCACCAAAUCAUAUUCCACAUCCGACGUGUGACACAUUCCCUGCUACACAUCUAUUGUUAGCCUGUGAUCGUCUAGGUUUGACUCU